CCCCGCCGCGCGCUCCCCGCCGGCUGGUCGGGCUGAGGUGCGGGCAGCUGGCCUUGCUCCCACAGAAAGCGUCCUUAGGGCAGGUUUCGCUGUCCGCGCCAGAGCUGCUUUAGGUAAUCACCCUGGAGGCCCGUUGGCGGCGACGGGCAGGGGCCCGAGACCGGGGGGCUCAUCCGAAGAGGGUGACAUGACAUGAGGCAGGGUGUUUGCUCCCCCCACCGCCAGUGUGCACCCCCUCUCCUCCCUGGGCCUUGUUUUCUGCGGGGCGGGCGGGGGGCGGUUUGGCGACACUCCUUCCGGUCGCGGACUGCGAGGCUACCCACUGGUGACCCAGCGUUAGACUGCGGAGUAGCUGCGCGUGGAGGAAGCCGGCGUUGAGACCUUAAAGCUGGACCCUGCAGAGCCCUGGAACGUGACUGUAGGGAAGCCCUCUGAGCUGGGCACCGUGGACGCGCUGAUGCCCGCCUAGGCCCGCUGCCGUCCCGUCCUGCCCGUGUGGAGUUAGGGGUAGACCGCGAGGACUGGGAGGGGGCGGCCAGGUCUGCACUGCCCUGGAGCCGGGCUCCCGCCGGACGAGCCUCUCGGAGAUGUUGCUUGUGAUAGUUACCAUGGAAGUCUGAGCUCUUUCUCCAGCUUUCCUCGUAUGCUGUAUGUGGUCUGAGUUAGGGCUUCCAAGCCUGGCGGGGAGCAAACGCCACACAUGUACAUGUGCAGUGGUUGUACAUGGUAACCUACAAUUGUAAGUUAAGGAGGUUUACGUCAAAGUAAAACUAAUUCUGAAACUUAAUAAAAUGCAGUAACUUGGCUACCUUGGAAUGUUGGGCCUUUUUUUCCCACAGUAAUAAUUUUGAUCCCCAUUACAAAAGUCGGCAUUAAGAAAGUAAGCGACUUUUGCCUGUUGCCCUACAUUUGUUUUUGCAACGCCGAGUCUGAGUGUUCGAGGAAAACUCUGGUGUGGUAGCUGCAGGCUCGGGCAUCUUCGCUGAGUCUCACUUUAGAAGCAGAGCGGAAAAGCUCUUUUAUUCCCAAUUGGACCACACUGCCUGUCGGUCUGUGCUAGAGAAACAUGGACAUGUCCCCGUGUGUGGUUCCCUGGGAGUACAAAGUGUGGAAGGAGUACUGAUCCUGCACCUGUGAUGGUUGUGCUGCUCCGGUGAACCUCCUUAAACUGCACGUAUAUGUCACUGUUCCUAUGUAUGUGUGUCUCUCUAUCACGUAACCCAGCACUUAUUUCCUCAGCCAAGUGGCUAGGGGCGAGCCUAGCCAAGAUUUUACCUCCAAUGGACGCAAGUUUCUUUGGUGAAGAUUUCUCCUGAGAGUUCGGGACUAGCAGAAAGAAGCGAGGAAAUUUCGACCGUUUGGUUCUUACGGAUAGGUAUUUAUGUAUUCGGUUUGUGUGAAUGUAAGCUAUGAUAUUUAACUUUACAGAAAAAAAGAUUUGUGAAAGGGCAUUCCAUGGUUGCCCAAACCAUAAAAGCGGUAAGAACUACCAGUGAGGUGGACACCAACACCACUUAUGCUAUUAAAGCAUUGUUUGCCUUUAAUUAAAAUUCUUACCAUACUGUAGAGAGGAAUUUGUACUUUGUUAAGAUAACUUGAGUUUAAAAGUAGGUGAGAUAUAACUAGCUGAGUUAAAAAUAUAUUUGAGAAUUUUCUUGUAUUUGCUUUAAUAUUUUCAUUUCUUUGUUUUACUUGGUAAGUAUACGUGUGAGAUGUCAGGCACACACAGCGCCCUGGACGUUGGUUUCUGUCCACUGACCAGCGUGUUCACAUUACAGAUACGAUGGGCGUGGCCACCUGCACGACCUGUCUGAGUACGACGCUGAGUACGCCACGUGGAACAGAGACUACCAGCUGUCCGAAGAGGAGGCACGAGUAGAGGCCCUGUGUGAUGAAGAGAGAGGAAGAAUACAAACGGUUGAGUGAAGCAUUAGCCGAGGACGGCAGCUACAACGCUGUGGGGUUCACUUACGGCAGCGACUAUUAUGACCCGUCAGAGCCGACGGAGGAGGAAGAGCCUUCCCGACAGAGAGAAAAAAAUGAGGCAGAAAAUUUGGAGGAAAAUGAAGAACCUUUCGUUGCCCCUUUAGGAUUGAAUGUCCCAUCUGACGUGGAGCUGCCACCGACAGCCAAAAUGCAUGCCAUCAUCGAGCGCACGGCCAAUUUCGUGUGCAGGCAGGGGGCGCAGUUUGAGAUCAUGCUGAAAGCCAGGCAGGCACGGAACUCCCAGUUCGACUUUCUGCGCUUCGACCACUACCUCAACCCCUACUACAGAUUCAUCCAGAAAGCCAUGAAGGAAGGGCGGUACACGGUGCUGGCGGAGAGCAAAAGCGAAGAGGGCAAAAAAUCGGGCACCAACUCUGACAAUGAGGAGGAGGAUGACGAGGAAGAUGGGAAUUACCUGCACCCGUCUCUCUUUGCCUCCAAGAAGUGUGACCGCCUCGAGGAGCUAAUGAAGCCCUUGAAGGUGGUGGACCCAGAUCACCCACUGGCAGCGCUUGUCCGCAAGGCCCAGGCUGACAGCACCGCUCCCACCACGCAAAGCACAGAUGGCAGCGCUGCACAGCCCUCCCAAGUGGAGUACACGGCAGACUCGACGGUGGCAGCCAUGUAUUACAGCUACUACAUGUUACCGGAUGGCACCUACUGUCUGGCCCCGCCCCCUCCGGGGAUUGACGUGGCCACUUACUACAGCACCCUUCCUGCUGGAGUGACUGUGUCCAGCUCCCCUGGGGUGACAACCACUGCUCCACCGCCUCCUGGAACCACACCUCCACCUCCCCCGACCACAGCCGAAACAAGCAGUGGGACAGCCACCACCACCACCACCCCCAGCACCUCCACCACCACCACCUCCACCUCCUCUACCACAAGUGCACUUGCCCCCGUGGCUGCGAUCAUCCCCCCUCCCCCUGACAUCCAGCCUGUGAUUGACAAGCUGGCAGAGUACGUUGCUAGGAACGGCCUUAAAUUUGAGACCAGCGUUCGUGCCAAGAAUGACCAGAGGUUCGAGUUCCUGCAGCCGUGGCACCAGUACAAUGCCUAUUACGAGUUUAAGAAGCAGUUCUUCCUCCAGAAAGAAGGGGGAGGGAGCACACAGGCCGUGUCGACGCCAGAAGAGGCUUCUGCAGAACCUGCUUCAGAAAAACCCCGCGACGGUGGGGAAGACGGAGCCCCUGAGGACACGGCUGAGGUGGGAGGCAGAGGAGGCUCAGCUGGGAAGAGGGAGGUGCCAUCCGGCAAAACCCUGGCCGAUGGGAAGCUGGUGAAAGCUUCAUUUGCUCCAAUAAGCUUUGCAAUCAAGGCCAAGGAGAAUGACCUCCUUCCCCUGGAGAAAAACCGAGUGAGGCUUGACGAUGACAGCGACGAGGCUGAGGAGAGCGCAGAGGGCCCCGAGAGCUCGGGCAGCGCCGCCCCCCCUCACCCCGCGCCCACUCCGCCCUGUGUGGUCGUGGAGGAGAAGAAGCCGCAGCUGACCCAGGAGGAGCUAGAAGCAAAGCAAGCAAAGCAAAAGCUGGAGGACCGCCUUGCUGCCGCCGCCCGGGAGAAGCUCGCCCAGGCGUCCAAGGAGUCGAAGGAGAAGCAGCUGCAGGCCGAACGGAAACGGAAGGCGGCUCUGUUCCUGCAGACCUUGAAAAAUCCUCCGCCAGAAGCAGACGUCGGGAAAACGGAAGAGGCCUCCUUCAGCGUCGAGGAAGCCGGUGCUGCUCCGAGUCCUCUCCUGGCAGGAAGCAGAUCCCUUCCUGCGUCGGAAGCUAAGCUGCCCGAAAGGCCUUCCAGCAGAAGCAGAGAUGCACCGAGAGAGGAGGAGAGAGACAAGAAAAAGAAAAAGCACAGGAAGAGGUCCCGCACGAGGUCUCGCUCUCCCAAGGGCCACUCGUCGUCCAAGUCCGGGUCUCGGUCCCAUUCGAAAGCAAAGCACUCGCUCCCCAGUGCCUAUCGGACGGUGCGGCGGUCGAGGUCACGUUCCCGGUCCCCUCGGAGGAGAGCUCACUCUCCCGAGAGACGGAGGGAGGAGAGAAGCGUCCCCACUGCCUACCGAAUGAGCAGCAGCCCUGGGGCAAGCAGGAAGCGGACCCGCUCCAGAAGUCCCCAUGAGAAGAAGAAGCAGCGGAGGUCACGGUCGCAGACCAAGUCUAAGGCCCGCUCGCCGUCAGGGUCCCCGAGGAAGCAGGCGGCACACCGGCCCGUGACCCAUUCGGCACACUCGGCACACUCGGCCCAUUCAGCCAGCAUCUCUCCUGUGGAGAGUCGUGGCUCCAGCCAGGAGCGCUCCAGGGGAGUCUCUCAGGAAAAGGACGGGCAGAUCUCCUCCGCGAUCGUGUCCUCUGUGCAGAGCAAAAUCACUCAGGAUCUCAUGGCCAAAGUAAGAGCAAUGCUUGCAGCUUCCAAAAACUUACAAACCAGUGCCUCCUGAGACGGCCGCCCACCGUGGGGAGAGCCCAGCCCAGGCAUGCCGAGCGCUGGUGGCCGGUGUGGGGCCCGUAGCCCCGUCCGUGCAGCCGAGGUCGCGGGAUGGGGAGGCCCACCGUGGAGCACCGCCACACCUCACCCUGGGACUCCGUGGACAAUGGGUGGUUUUUGUAAAUUAAUUUUUGAUGACAUUUUCAGUUGAAGAUUUCUGACCAGCAGUCUCUUACCUGUAUAUUUGUAAAUAAGAUCAUGUUUCUGUGAAAAUGUAUUAUCAAAUAAAAUGGGAGGAAACCACCUUUUCUAGCUAGCAACUCUGAGACAGUUUCUUCCUUCCCUGC